UCCACUUUCGAGAGGUGGAUUCUCUCCUAACAUGAGCUUUCGAGAGGCUCACUCUCGAAAAAUAAGAAUCCUCACAAUAUUCAAAAUCCCGAUUAUUCCUCCUAAUGAGGCCUAUUUAUAGAAAAACUCUCAUAACAGACUACUCUCCCCGUCCCCGAAAGAAUGACCCAUUUGGCCUAAUUUUAGUCCCAAAAAGAAUGAUCCAUUAGCAUAAAAAUACCCACCAAUUUGCAACAAUAUUUGUGCAAAAUUAGCUUUCCAUAUUAAAUUUUGUUUUCCGUAUACUUUUAUUACUAUCUCUCCCUACUUUUUUGUAAACCCCAUAUAAAUUUAUCUUUUGAAUAUACUUUUACUUCUUUUUAUUUAACUUUAUUAAAACCCGCGAAAUCAACCUAAAAGGGUCGUUCUUUCGGAGACGAAGGGAGUAUAACUUAUUCCCCAAGCUAUUACUAAUAGGCUAUGACUAACAUACCCCUCCCCUACUAUUUAGAAAAUAAUUUUGUCUAUAAUAAUAUUUACCACAUUUUUCCAAAAAAAAAAAAAAAAAAAAAAAAAAAAAAAACUCACCCAAUACUGUCUGUCGUACGUACAGUACUACUACUCCUGUUCAUUCCCACCAAAACAACAGAGAAAGAGAGAGAGAGAAAAAGAGUAGAAUCUAUGGAGAAAAACAAGGAAAUUGAUUCAACAGAAGUUGAUGAAGAAGCAGCAUUAUUCAUCAAUAAGAAUAUAGAGGAAAUUCCAGAAGAAGAACUAGCUCUUAAAAUACUUUUUGUUUCAAUCAACCCACAAAAAAAUAACCAGUCCGCCAUCAAAGAGGAGAAGAUUUUGCUCAUUCCCAGAAACCAUAUAAAUCCUGUCAUAUUUCCCUUUGAUUUUCUCAGUAUUGAUAAUGGAGAUUACACCAACAAGAAACCGACUACAUUCAACUUCAAGGUAGUUCACGAUGAGAAAAGGCCAUUUUACUCGGAUGAUUUGGAUUUCUUUAAAAAUUCUAAGGAUGGUAGAUGGAUUGAAUGGUGCAAUCAUCAAGGUCAAACUCUGAUUUUGUUCCGACCUUUUUUCAAGACUAAGCCCGAUUUGGAUGAUUAUUUCUGUUAUGAUGGCUGCAAUAAAAAAUGUUGGAUUAGUCUUGGGUGUCCAUUUCUCAAAUUCAGCCGUUGGCCUAAUAUCACUGUGUCUCUUCGAGUCUCUGUUGUUGCUCAAUACUUGUUAGGGUUCUUUAGUGAGCUAUUAUCAUUAAGGCUUCCCUGUGAAGAAGAAUUUGGUGCAACUGGCUUUUCUGUCGGUUUAGUCUCUACCAAGAAUCAUCAACUCGAAUAUGACUUGACACUUUUAGAGACGACUGAUUUGUUGAGUGGGAAUCUGAGGCUGGGAAAUCUCAGUUUACUAUCCUCUUUGUACUACAAGUUUACAAUUGAUGAGAGGGAUUCAAUUUUGAGGCCUACUCAAGGGUAUGCUGUUCAGUCUGCUACUACAAUUUCAGGCCUGCUUCCUGAUGGUUGGAGUGCACGAUUUCUGCGCCAGGUAAAGAAGCAGAAGUAUAAUAUAUGUUUCUUGCAUUAUAUACAUUUGUUUGACAAGCUUUUAAACUCUCUGACUCUGUAA